AGGGACACGCACGCCGUACACGGUGCACGGUACACGGUAGACAAUUAAGAUGAGUAUUGAUUACCAGCAAGGCAACUGGAUAGGUAAUAUAUGUACACUGUACUGCACUUCUAAGGGACACGCACGCCGUACACGGUGCACGGUACACGGUAGACAAUUAAGAUGAGCAUUAAUUACCAGCAGGGCAGCUGGAUAGGUAAUAUAUGUACAAUGUACACCGUACACUUCACAGUAUACAGGGUUCACGGUACAGAAUACACAAUUAAGAUGAGUUUUGAUUACUAGUAGGGAAGCUGGAUUGGUAAUAUACUGUGUACUGUACAAUGUACAUUACAAAGUACACACGGAACACUGUACACGCUGGUCUAGUAUCUAUUGGUUGUCUGGUUGGUAGUUUAUUGGCUGGACCUGUUAUGGAAAAAUAUGGAAGACGAUUUUCCCUGAUAGUAUGUUCCAGUGGAUCAUUUUGUUUUGGAUUCUUUCUAAUGUUGUUUGCUAGCUCCAAUGUUCUGCUUUAUAUUGGGAGGUUACUAAAUGGAGUUGGACUGGGGUUUGUGAUGGCAACUAGUUCAGUUUACAUAAUUGAGAUCUGUUCUCCGGAUAUGCGCGGACUUCUGGGUUGUUUUAUUCAGUUAAUGUGGAGUAUUGGUGUGCUAGUCAUGUUCAUUCUUGGAUGUUUUCUUAAUUGGUGGCAACUCAUACUAGCAAAGAUAGUAUGCCUGGUUCCAUAUGUUCUGGGAAUGUACAUUUCACCUGAAAGUCCCAGGUGGCUUUUUUUACAAGGUAAAGAUGAAGAAGGAAGACGAGCUUUGAGAUGGUUGAGAGGAGAUAUUCAGGAGAAUAUUCUGGAAGAAAAACUGAUUAGGUUGGAACUACAGACAAGGAUAUCAGAUGAAGUUAAAAUCCGGGAGAUGAUCAAGGAGCCAGGAUUCUUAAAACCUUUUUUAAUUGCAGUUUUCAUCAUGUUCUUUAGAAAUAUGUCUGGUAUGGGGGUAAUCAUUGCUUAUUGUAACACAAUCCUGAAAGAUUCAGGAACUGAAUUCGAUGCUAACUUAUCUAGUAUAACAGUUGGGAUUAUCCUAGUUCUUUCAUGUUUGUUCGCAACUCUUGUUCUCGUCAAAUUUGCCAGGAAAGCAGUUCUUGUGAUAUCUAUGUUUGGAAUGGGAUUAUCCUUCACAGUUCUAGGUUUCUACUUCCAAACUCUGGAAGCUGAGAAGGAAAAUAGUUUCGAAGGCAUGUAUGGUGUUCUAAAUAUGCAGUACAGAUGGGUUCCAUGUACUGCAAUCCUUGCAUUACUGUUCCUUGGCAAUAGUGGAUAUGGAACCUUAGUUUGGGUUGUUAUUGCUGAAAUUCUACCAAAGAAGACGAGAUCUUUGGCGAACUCAAUUAUAAUAUUCAUCGCGUACCUGAUAGGAUUCAUCUCAACAAAAUCAUUCAUUGAUCUCACAUUACUUCUUCAAGAAAGCGGAGCUUUCUACUUUUAUUCAGCAGUAUGCAUGCUGGGAGCUGUGUUUACUAUUGUAUUUGUACCAGAAACACGCGGGAAGUCUUUACAAGAAAUAGAACUGCAGUUUAGUAAAAAAUGACUUAUAAAUUGUUAAAUAAUUUGAUAUUUCAUUUUAGUUAAUUUGUAAUGAUUGUAAAAGCAUAUGUUUAAUACCUCUUAAUAUAAACUGAAGUAAAUUCAGGAAUAAAGUCACGUUAAACUGAAA